CUUCAAUUAGAAAAACAAAAAGAAAGGAUAAGAUGGGUAAUGUCUAUGUUCCUCCUAACUUCUAUCCAACUUUUGCCUUUUAAUUCUGAUCCUUCUCUCUCUAUCUCGUUACUCACUUCCGACAACAUAACUUUUUAGUCCAUUAAAGUAAUGGCGUAAAGUCCAAAGUCUUCAAACUCUAAAUCUUCAACUUCUUAUCCCACUCUUACACGUCCCCUACUCUUUUCGCCCUCAAAUGAACAACUCCGCCACCAUCGCCGCCGCCGGAGCUGCCAUUAAACGCCGAAAGAAUCAUUAUCAUCAGUCCUUGAUCCCUGGAAUUCCUGAUGAUAUAGCUCAAAUUUGCCUCUCUCUUGUACAACAACCUUUGACUCUUUACUCCGUUUGUCAAUCUUGGCGCCGGCUCCUUUAUUCUCCUUCUUUCCCCCCCUUUUUAUCUAUCUAUUCGUUAUUGAAACCUUCGCAAUCUAAGGAGCAAACAAAUCAAUAUGAGGAUUCUGUUGAAUUCGCCAACUUCGAUCCGAUUUCAUCCAAAUGGCACUUACUUCCUCCUCCACCGCUUGAACCGCCUCUUCGUCUCCUCCUUCGUCACCCUUCUUUCAUCUCCCGUCACCUUCCGAUCCAAUCGGUGAGCGUUUCUGGCAAAUUCGUUCUCCUUGCUGCAACCACUGACCAUCUAUUGCCGGCCUUAUCUCGGCCCCUUGUUUUCAAGCCGCUCAGCCGAAAAUGGACUUACGGUCCCCCACUCGCCACACCGCGACGGUGGUGUGCUGCUGGUGCGUCACGCGGCGUUGUUUACGUUGCGAGUGGGAUUGGUUCCCACUACAACCAAGAGGUAGCGCGAUCGAUUGAGAAGUGGGACCUGAAAAGUAACAACAGCUAUUGUUACUGCGCCCACUACAGCUGUAACCACCAUCAUGAUAAAGACAAGGGUACUAAAAGUGGAUGGAAAUGGGAGAAAAUGGGCGGUCUUAAGGAUGGGAAGUUUAGUAGGGAAGCGAUUGAAGCAGUGGGUUGGAGAGGAAAGCUGUGUAUGGUGAACGUGAAAGGCAAUGCUGCAAAGGAAGGAAUCAUCUACGAC